AUGCGAACCAUUCACACGAUACCGCGGUUACUCGAUCCCGGGCUGAGUCCAAUCAUCCUAAUCCUGGCCAACCCUGCGUGUCAUAUUACCGUCGAUGUUGACAGGGGCAGGGGAAGACAUAUCCCACCCCCCUGUCAGUCUCGGCCCUGCCAAGCAUUCCCCUUCAAGAGACGAACAUCUGCAUCACAAGGCAGACUUAGCAUCAUGGCAUCGGAAGGGGGGGGCUACAAGCCAAUACACAUGGAACGAGGUCGGGAGGGUUUGGGGCUGACGUGUGUCCCUCGAUAG